GGAGCGAGUCGCAGCAUCCGUUGGACCGUUCCGGACUUCAGUCCACGUCGAGAACGCGCCACUGUCGGGACCUCGAGGAGUGACAGCCAUCCGGAAGCUCGCGGUCGACGUCGCGUGCACGACAUUAUCGUUACUCUGUAUCAAAGUCCAGCGACGAUUCAUCGUUCAAAAUUAUAACAUCGUGAUCUCUUCUACGACGAAUAUCGAAGAAAAGAAAAAAAAGCGAAAAAGAAAAAAGCAUCGUCAAUUACGCGCAUUACGCGCGUAUCAGCAUAAUCUUACGUAUCACUGUAAAUCUUACGGAUAAAUCCAAGCGGGAGCGCAAUUUCUUUGAUCACGACGUGCCGGUUGAUCCGCUGUUAAUACGAACACUCGAGUCAUUGCCGAUCGAGACUGUGGUACCAAUCACGCUCCAUUUGGUACCGCGCUCAGGUACGUCACUCGGAGAGGUCGCAAAGUUCUCGAAGGGCAUCAAGAAGUCGGUAGAUUGGGCCGGAACUAAAACUCGUCAGCAAGUUUUCGGACUGAAUUCUCGAAUCAUCGGACGAAACGAAACGAACAAUUACUCACUGGAUGCCCUAAGGGCUGCGGAGGUCGCCCCCGGGCCAGCCGGUCGCCGGUUCUGAUGCCGACACGUGCUGAGCGUGAUCGUUGAGGGUGCGGCGGUGCACAGAAAAAAAGCAGAGCCACGAGGGCCCGCGGGGAGAGCUGAAGAAGAGGGAUCUCGAGCCGGGCGACUGCCGGGAGUUGUUGCCCAGUCCCGGCGAGGGGGCGGACAUCGGGCCCGGAUGCUCGCGAGGACAAGACGCCGGAAGCGCUGCCACGUUGGAAGGGAAAAUAUUGACGGCCGUCAACAAGUUCCUUACAACGUCCCCUUUGGUUAACAAGGUCAAGUUGCUGAUGACGAGACAGAGCAGCGGCGCGGUUGGAAAUGACGCCGAGAGACAAGAAGAGGGCACCAGCCCCCUGGAUUGCACCCCGCGGACGCCGACGACGACGAUGGCCGUGACAACCUCGGCGUUGGCGACGCAGCCGAUCGUUUCUACGGGAUCCUGCCCUGACGUCUCGAUGAAUCUGCAACGCCGGCGACUACGACAACAGCAGAAGGAGGAAUUAUCACUGACGAAGUCGACGGAUACGGCCAUAUCCUCGUCGUCCAUCUGCGACGAGUCUUCCGUCAGAACCCCGCUCUCCGCGAACGUUCUUCUGUCCUUGCCGGCUUCACCGAAACGAUCGUCGGCGAGCCACUCCUCGUCCGGCAAGACGUCCAUAUCGAAGUCGCAGAUGAAAGAAUUCAGAGAGGCCUUCAGGCUGUUUGACAAGGACGGCGAUGGAACUAUCACGAAAGAAGAACUCGGCAGGGUUAUGCGUUCCUUGGGACAAUUUGCGAGAGCGGAGGAGUUGAGAACGAUGCUGCAGGAAAUCGACAUUGACGGUGACGGAAAUGUCAGCUUCGAAGAAUUCGUCGAGAUCGUCAGCAACAUUGGUGCAAGCACGGCGGCGCCCUCGGAUCAGCAUCAGGAGGAGCAGGAAUUGCGAGACGCCUUUCGGGUGUUCGACAAACAUAAUCGUGGGUAUAUCACUGCAUCGGACCUUAGGGCGGUGCUGCAAUGUCUGGGAGAGGAUCUAUCCGAGGAGGAGAUCGAGGAUAUGAUUAAAGAAGUGGACGUGGACGGGGACGGUCGAAUUGAUUUCUACGAAUUCGUUCAUGCUCUCGGCGAGCCGGGAAUCGACGAAGAUGAGGAGGACGACGAGGAGGACCUGCAAUCUCCACUCUUCUAAGAUCACGUUUAUUCUCAUCUCUCUGUUAGAUAAGCCAGGCCGGUACGGGCAAAAGCGAUGUGCAAUCUCGCUUCCGCGAAAAUAUUCUUUCUCUCGCGUUUCGCUACUAGAAACGCGCGUGCGAUUGCACCUGACAAACGGGACGAGGCUCAACUUCAACUUCGAGAACCCGUUUACGUUUCAUUAAUCCUCACCCCUUAUUCUCGAAUUUUGAAUCAAAUUUUAAAUGCUGGAAAUGCGAGCGCAUUAUGAAUAGAUUUAAAGAAAAAAUUUAAAAAAGAAAAAAAAGUAAAGUCUGCACCGAGCUACGUUAUCUGCGAAUGGUAUCGCGAGUACAGCACGAAUUUGCAUUUUCGAUGUAUACUAAACUACGUCAUACGCGAACUGGAACCCCCGUCGAUCGAGGGAUCUUUUUCGAUAAAUCACGAGUUUCAUGUUCUCGUGAGACUUGACUUAACCAGCAGUCACCGGUCGCCCGCUGAUGAACGUGCAACCCUACAAAUAUUUCAAACUGUAAUUCUAAAUAUUAUAUGUGUAACUCUGCGCGAUUCACGUCAUUCAUGUAGACUAAAAAAAAAAAAAAAAAA